AUGGCGGUUGCAGAGGGCCUGCGGGGUCCGCCCCCUCUGCUAAUCCUAACAGGCUUAACGUUAUUUGUCACGAUAUUGUUAGGUACAUGUUCAGCGCAAGUGAAAGUAUUAACGCCGCCUUAUUUUAAUUUGGCAUCUGGAAAGAAAAUCCAGGCGACGGCUACGUGUGGUGUGAAUGUGUCUACCCCUGAACAAUUCUGUCGGUUAACCGGGGUAGCUGGCGAAGUUAAGGAAAGCGACCUCAGAAUCACGAUCAACUCCGGACAAUUGUGUGAAGAAUGCGACCCCAGCGAAGAAGAAUUGUCGCAUCCAGCAGAAUUUGCGAUCGAUGGCACGGAAAGAUGGUGGCAGAGCCCACCCCUUUCUCGUGGAAUGGAAUACAAUGCUGUCAAUUUGUCGAUCGAUUUGGAACAGUCUGUUCAUAUCUAUCUAUCUAUCUAUCUCAGUCUGUUCAUAUCUAUCUAUCUAUCUCAGUCUGUUCAUAUCUAUCUAUCUAUCUAUCUAUCUAUCUAUCUAUCUAUCUAUCUAUCUAUCUCAGUCUGUUCAUAUCUAUCUAUCUAUCUAUGUAUCUAUCUCAGUCUGUUCAUAUCUAUCUAUCUAUCUAUCUAUGUAUCUAUCUCAGUCUGUUCAUAUCUAUCUAUCUAUCUAUCUAUCUAUCUAUCUAUCUAUCCAUCUAUCUAUCAGUCUGUUCAUAUCAUCUAUCUAUCUAUCUAUCUAUCUAUCUAUCUAUCUAUCUAUCUAUAUCAGUCUGUUCAUAUCUAUCUAUCUAUCUAUCUAUCUAUCUAUCUAUCUAUCUAUCUAUCUAUCUCAGUCUGUUCAUAUCAUCUAUCUAUUCCAUCUAUCUAUCUAUCUAUCUCAGUCUGUUCACAUCCAUCUAUCUAUCUAUCUAUCUCAGUCUGUUCAUAUCUAUCUAUCUAUCUAUCUAUCUAUCUAUCUAUCUAUCUAUCUAUCUAUCUAUCUAUCUCAGUCUGUUCAUAUCUAUCUAUCUAUCUAUCUAUCUAUCUAUCUAUCUAUCUAUCUAUCUAUCUAUCCAUCUCAGUCUGUUUCUAUCUAUCUAUCUCAGUCUGUUCAUAUCUAUCUAUCUAUCUAUCUAUCUAUCUAUCUAUCUAUCUAUCUAUCUAUCUAUCUAUCUAUCUAUCUAUCUCAGUCUGUUCGUAUCUAUCUCUACUUUAUUUUUUAUAA